GGGGGGAGCCCUCUCUUGACACCCUUCUGUGGGCCCCCCUCCCCCACCUUCAGGCUGGGCGCCUUGAAAGCCAUGAAUUUUGAAUUCGAGAGGGAGAUUGGGUUUAUCAACAGUCAGCCUUCGCUCGCCGAGUGCCUGACUUCCUUCCCCGCUGUCCUGGAAACAUUUCAAACUUCAUCAAUCAAGGAGUCGUCGCUAAUUCCUCUCCCCUUUGAGCAGAGCCGGGCCAGCCUCCAGCCGGCCUCCUCCGCCCUCCAGAGACGUCGCAGUCACCAGCGAGUCCGAGAUGGGGCGGCCCCACCGCCGCCCCCCGCCACCGCCGCCCCCCCGGGCCCCGAAUUCCCUUGGAUGAAAGAGAAGAAAUCCGCCAAGAAACUCAGCCACGCCUCGUCCUCGUCUUCUUCCUCUUCCCCCUCGCCUUCGCCCGCCUCGUCCUCCGCGCCGCCGGCCGGGACGUCCGCAGACUCGCAGGGGCUGCAGGACGGCGGCGAAGGCGGGGCGGGGGCCCGGAGGCUGCGCACCGCUUACACCAACACCCAACUCCUGGAGCUGGAGAAGGAGUUUCACUUUAACAAGUAUCUGUGCCGGCCCCGGCGCGUGGAGAUCGCCGCCCUCCUCGACCUGACGGAGCGGCAGGUGAAGGUCUGGUUCCAGAACCGGCGCAUGAAGCACAAACGCCAGAGCCGGCCCAAGGAGCCCCCCGACGCCGAGCUGACCUCUCUCGGGACCCUGGAGGCCGGAGGGGACCCCGCCUCGGCGCCCUUCGGGGGUCGCUCCCCCGCAGCCGGAGAAGAGCCGGCGGGAGGGCGGGCGCUGUCCGCCCCGUCGGGGGACGGGAAGGUUCUGACCGCCGCCUUCCCCGAGGGUCCCGACGCCUUCCUCGACGGGCCGGGGUCGCCUUUCCUCCCGGAUCUGCACUCGUUGGAGGCGGACGCCUGCCUCUCGCCCCCGAUGGGCUUUUCCCCCGGCCUCCCGCAAUCUCUGGAGAGCCCCGUCCACUUUUCCGAGGAGGAUUUGGAUUUCUUCACCAGCGCGCUCUGCACCGUCGACUUGCAGCCCCUACACUUCCAAUAGCCCCGGAUCCGCCCCCAACCUCCAGGCCCGGCCCAGUUGGGCCCAGUUCGGCCCAGUUUGGCCCACCAUGGCCCAGCCCCUCCCGUCCCCCUUUUCCAGAUGGCGCGCAGCUCAGAGACCCCCAAGUCCACCAGGCAAUAUUGAAUAUAGCGGACUGAACAUCCCCCGCCCUCCCCACCCAUCCCCCCGGACCCGUUUGUGUUUACCUAAACUCCAGGUACUGUAUUUAAUUAGGCGCCGUUCUUUGUUCUUUUCCUCUAAGUUAAGGACCCACGGACGUUGCCCCUCGAGAGAACGGACCAUUCGUUCGGCGAAAUCUCAGGAAUAAUUCUACUGGAAGUCGGAGCCGGGGAGUCUGUCUUAAAAUGACUCCUCGUCCUCGUUUCGUUUUUGUUUUUUACGUUUUAGACGGUAGACUAUUUAUUCAAAUUCUUUAAUAGGAA